UGAAUAAGAUAAUUCAACACAAAUAGGCAAAAGAUUUGAACACUUUCUUUACAAAAUAUAAAAUAAUGGCCAGUAUACACACUAAAAAGUAAUCAUUAUUCAUCAGGGAAAUGCAAAGUUAAAACCUGAAUGAGUUAUCACCACAUAUCCAUUAGACUGGUUGAUAAUAUCACCAAUUUCUAAGUUAUUCAGGCUUGAGAGGCUUCCUUAGUUUACUCAAUGAAACAUGGAGAUAAAGGAGAAAUUAUCAGAGCCAGAUUUCCCCUUUGAAAUGUUACUUUUCUCCAUUAACAUAACCGCCAUCCUCAGUUCUAAUUACUUCAUACUUAUGUGACUGCAACAGCCUUGAGAUAGCCUUCCUAACUAUCCAGACGUGGUCCUUAAAUAUCAUUAUCAUUCUUCCAAUCACUAACCCUGAGUGGUUCCUUAUCUCUAAGUAAAAUUUAAACUUAUGUGCUUGCCUUUUUUUUGUAUUUUUAAAAAUAAAUGAAACAUGAUAAAGAUUAAUAUUAUAUAAAAUUCUUAAAAGUUGACAUCUCCACCAUCAAAUGGUAUUUACCUAGAAUGUUGGGAGAUAAUUCUUUAAUGGCCUCUCAAAUUACUCCUAGUCUUAUGGUAGAUUUUUCUUUGAGGUUAGCUUUUCAAGGAUGUUUGUAUCUCCUUCUAGAGCACAGUUGUUUCCUGACCGGGAUAAUAAAGAUAAUGGCUCAUUCUGGGGCAAGGCUGAGUAAAGGUUGGGCUUCCUAAGCCUGGCAUUCCUCUGCUAGGUUGCAAACCCACUGUUCCAUCCUAGCAGAGGAAUGCCAAGCUUAGGCACCUCUGUGGGCUUUGAGAACAUAAGCUUUGGGAACAAGGGAAUAUAAGGCUUAUGAUGCCUGUGUUAUUAAGUAAUAAAGUCUUCUGUCUCUGACGCAGGAGUCCAGUGUCUUAUGUUAGCAUCCAUAAAACUGUGGCAAGUUAAAUUGUUAGCUUGCAAAUAGGGUAAAAGUUUCACAAUUUUCGACAUGGGGUAAUCACUGUUAAGUUUGGAGUGCAUCCUUUUCCUGUACAAAUGCCUCACAAAUUAUAUCUAUAUAAACAAAUUUUUCCAACAAAAACGUAAUAUAUAUUGUUCUGACACUCCUUUUAUCAUUUUAACGGUUGAAAGGUAUUCCUCAAUAGCAUGUCAUAUGUAAUUCUUCCGCAAUUGAUAGACAUUGAUAAACAAGUGUUUUCCUUUUUUUCUACCACUACGUCCUGUCUGCCUUUUAUUGCCUUCCAGAAUGACCUUCUCCCUAUCCCGUACCCCUGGUCAUAAUUCCCCUGUACCCCCAAGUCAAAGGACUUACCUCGUUGCUCACUACUCAAUCUAAACAUUCGUCUAUUAUUCUAAUAACCCCCUCUCAAGACUUUAUUAUUCGAUUUUGCACUGAUCACAUUCUGUCUUAUAUUCCUUGCUAUGUUACAUUUGCUGUCAAUAGAUUAAAGCUUCCGUAGUUGAGGUGUCGGUUCUGAGAUCUCCCUCUCAGUUCCAGUAAGUGGCAGCCCUUGAAAUGUGCAGAUGUGCCAUACAUUUCUGACAGGAAAAGUGGUUUGCCUUUUUUUGUCAAGUAGCUAAUCAAUCCGAUUCAUCCUCUCCCUUCAAUUCUAGUCUUAUUCAAUAAUUCCUUCUCCUUAGGUAGGUCCUCAUUCACCCAUGUACUUAUCAAGCACCCACCAUGUGACAGACGCCAAGUGAGGUGAAAGUGCUGGGAUGAACACCUCCGUGGAUCUCACAAUGACCAUCCAUCUUUUACAUCCUUCUUGGUUUUUCCUUUACCCAAGUCCUGCACUUCACUCUUCUUUACCCGUGCUUCAGAAAAGUGGAAGUUGGUUAAUUAAUUCCAUUUGUCUGACAAGGAUGAGAGUGACAGCAGACAAGGGAAAUGCCCUUAGACUGUUCUUACAUGCACUCUCACACUUAACAGUCAAAGCCACCCUAUGAAAUAGGCACUACAUUAGCCUGACUUACAUAAACGAGUAAACAGAGGCUUGGAGAAGUUAAAAAUAAAUUGCCCUCAGUCCUAACUGGAGAGUGGUGGAGUCAGAAUUUGAAUCCAGGUUUAAAGAAUUCUAGUGCCGGCACUCUGCACCUAUUUCGCUCUGGACACUCAUUUCCCCUAAGGAUCAGAGAACAUUAAAGUAGGCCACUUUUCUUCUCCGUAAGUCCGCAAGGUCCUGCCAGAUCACAGUGAGCAGGGCACCGGCAAAUGCAGUCUACGACCGCGAGACGUAAAGGGAAGAACGCUCCUCGGCGCCCCUCCCCAGUCUAUUCUAAAGUCAAGAACGUCCGAGCCCGCCUUUCUCCGGGGGUGGGCUGCACUAAAACAAUAAAAUCCUCCAUUCCCCAUCAGCGGUCGAUUGGGGGCUCUCCCGAAGCGGCAGCUCUGUAGGACCGCUCUUCUACUCCAAGAUCCCUCGGCUUCGGCCCCCUAGGUGCCAGGGUCUGCGGGACCCCACGCUCAAAGCCGCCGGCCGGGGUCGACAACUGCAGAGAGGGUCGGGAUAGGAAAUUGCGGGUAGCGGCAGAUGCAGGUCCCCAGGUAUCCCGGAGGUUCCCACAGGAGCCCUGGGCCUCUUUCCAGGCCGGAACCCAAGUGUUUAGGUAGCUGGGAAAGGCCGGCCCCAUUUUUCAGUUCUCUCGCGACCGCUAGCCACUACCGGUUACUAAUGGUUCCCAAGCAGCCCCCGAAAACGCUACGUGAGCUGGGCCCUGGGCCAGAAGCAGAAAACGGACGGAAGAAAAGGUCUGGCCGGGCUCCUCUGCUAAUGCUUCUGGGAGACAGAUUCAUACAGCCAGCGCCAGGAGGUGAGAAGAGACGAGAGGAAAGGAAGUCUUCUCUUCACGCCCUCCUGGGGCCCGUCUUGGUGGUGUGUGUGGUGGAGGGGGACGAAUCUGUGGUCCGCAGUCGCAGCCUCCUCUUGCAGCUGCCGCCUUCAUCCCCGAAAUCCUGUUCCUAACCAUCAAUAGGAACCCUGAGAAAAGUUAGAGGUGUGAAGUGCACACAUAACCCUGGGCCACAAACUCGGUCCCGGACGCCACAGGACAAUAGCUCACCUGGGCCACACAGCCUGGCCGGAAGAUGGGCGCGUACGGCAGCUCCUGCUGCUUCCGGCCCCUCUAGGAGGAGGCUUUCGGUGGUGGCCUCGCGCGCCCCCUCUGGGCAGGGAGCUGCGGCGGGGUUUGAGGGCGCAGUUGGCUCCCGGCCUAGCGGGUCGCAGCUCCUUCCAAGAUUUUGAAAGGUUGGUGGAUUAACCUUCUAGAAGGGUGCUAGGUCUCCCCCUAUCCCCUGCCACCAACUUUAGAGUUGUGGUGUGCAAGCGCUAUCUUUUCUGAUGUUAUAUCCCAUAGGAAUAUUUUCAGUGACAUGAUUGUUUAAGCGUUAAGAACUAGGGCCCUGGAAUAAAAUGUGUGUUAAAAUCCUGGUUCUACCACUUACUAUGUGAUCUUUAGCAAGAUAGUUAACUUCACUACAGCUCAAUUUUCCCAUCUAUAAAACGUGAAAAAUAAUAGCCAUUACAAAAUCAGAUAGGACAUACUAGCACAGUACCUGUAAAAAACUGGGCUCAACAUUACCUUAAAAAACAAACCAAAUAUUGUGUUACUUAGAUCCCAUCAGGACAUUUUUAAAGUCAUUGAAAGUAAAUGCUAAGCUAUUUCUUAUAAAGCC